CUUAUAAUAUAUAGUUUAUAUUGAUUGUUUAAUAUAAUUAAAAUUAAUGUAUAUGUUAUAAACAAAAAAGAUUCAUUAUGAACAUGAAAAAAACUAUGAAUUAGGCUGGUGUCUGUCUUUAUUAUUGACAAGUUAUAAAGCAGUAUAAAGCUAAGUUUACAUGACCUAUAAAGGCUACAAAAGUUUGCGACCGCGCACACUUCCAAAUGCUUCCGAAUUCAUUCUGUGAUUUGGCAACACUGCCAUGUCUGAGGAGAAUCCCGCCAAAAUCUCACACACAUUCACACACCUGUCGUCAUCCGACGUUGCAUUUAUUUUUUUUAUUUUUGUGGCCUUUGUUACACGGAAGAUUACAUCAAAACAUUAGUUCAACGUAGAUGAAAAAUAAAGAAAAAAAACGAUAUUGUGUUUUAUGUUUUAUAAUAAGUACUAAUACUACAGCAGAAAAAUCUCAAAAAUAAAAAAAAAAACACAACAAAUCUUAAAAAUGGCAAGGACUUUCAUUGUCAGAAAUUAUUUUCUUUCUUUUUAUUAUCUUUGACCUCGAACCACGUCAGCAUGUCUUCGCAACAGAAACUUUUAAUGUGUUAUCUGUCUUCCAAUCCGGAGAACCUGGAGAAGUCUUAAACUAUUUUAAGAAAGAUGGAAUAUUAAAAGAGAAUAUGCGGCAAAUAAUUGCUAAUUCUGUAUUCAGGGAGGUCAUAAAACACAAAACAAGACUUUUAAAUGAAGAUUUUAAUAUUUUGGACCAAAAAAUUUGUAAAAUUUUUACUUGCGAAAAGCCAGAGCAACUGUAUUAUAUACCCAAGAUUAGUGGAUGUAAAGCAAAAAAUAUUAAAGCUGUAGCUUCAAGAGGCAAACUACCACUUAUAUACAGAAAAUUUAAUUAUAAAAAAAAAAAUGUAUAUAACGAAAAAGGCAAGGAAGAAACUCUGAACAAAAUUGAUGAUGAUGAUGAUAAUAUUGAUGAUGGACUAAAGAAAAAAAAGGAUUGGUUGAAAACCAAUAGAGAGCCAAAGGAGCUCGUUUUAAAGAAUUGGGUGGACACAAUGAAAAUAAGAAAAAGUAGCAACUACAAUACUACUGAUGAUUUCAUACAAGACUGGCCAAUUUUGAGUGAGCCCAUAGCUGCUGAAUUAAUCAAACAUGAUUUUGAUGAUAUGAAAUCGAGUUUAAAAAAAGAAUUAAAUGCAACAACAUUGAGCAAAUUAAUUAAUGAACUUUGCGUUGUUCGAAAAAAAAAUAUCAAUGAAACCGCAAAAAAUUAUAUUGAGAUAAUUAAAAAAAAUAACAACAAUAAUAUUAUAAUUGCGCAUCAAAUAAAACUAGCAUCAUAUUUAUUACCACCAUCAGCACAAAUAGCUCGCGGGUGGAAGCCAUCCGUAGCAGAAUCAGAAGAUAGUUUAAUGUUACUUGCAUCGACUAACGAUGAGGUGGAUCAAGUAAUAAUCGACCGAGCAAAUAAAUUGAAGGAAUACAAGCUCACAUCACAACCGAUCAUUGUUGUUGUAGGUGAAAGUUGGACCAAGAUCACAGAUUUUUACACGUGCAUUGAUGGCUUAAAAUACAAAUUUGAUAAUUUACUUGAAGCAUUAGAUUCAUUGUUUUGUUGUUUUUUUGUUUACGAUCUUAAAUAUCCACUUGAAAGUAAAACAGUAUGUUCUGUUAUUAGUAAAGAUUUGUAUGGAUUUACUUUAAAUGAAAAUCUCAUCAAAGUAAAUGAAGUUUUAAUCGAUUUGGAGUGUCUACGUUCAAAACAAAAACCUGAAGUAGUAACUUCUACAGUACAAAUAAAUAAUGAUAACAAUGAGAGUACAAGUGUAAAUGAUGACAAUGAUAAUACAGAAGGUGAAACAUCAUUGCCAACAAAAGAUGGUGAUAGUUCUACAAGCCCUAAGGAGACGGAUGUUGAAAAUGAUGAACCACCACGUAAAAGAAUGAAGCCAUUUCAAUUUAAAAAAAAAUCGAAUACUGAAUUACUUCAAAGGAAUAAGUCCAAAUAAGUAAAACGUAAAGCGAAAGUCUUCAAUUUUUGCAAUAUUAUUUCAUCAACAUUUCUUUAAUAAUUUUUAGUAUACUUUUUUUUUGUCAAGUGCACAGAAAUAAUAAUAUUAUCGUUAAAACAAAAUAUAAAUAAAAAAAAAUGUAAUACUGGAUCUAUUAAUAAAAGAAAAAAAGAAACAAAACACAAUAAUACAUCUAAACCUCUAUUAAAAUAAUAAAAUUGCAAGUGUAUUUCUUGAAAAAGUAUAAAAAUAGCACUUCAUCAAUCAAGUUAAUUUAAAAAAUUAAAAGUUAUAAUUAAAAUUGAAACGAAUGUUGUGAAUUGUCACGAUAGACUGUAUGGUGUUUAAGGACAUUUUAACUUAAAAAAAUAAAAUAAAAUAAUGUUGUCAAUAAACACAAUAUAUUAUAGAAUAUAUAUAUUAGAUGGUUUUUUAAAGUGAGUUUUUCAAUUUAUUAUAAAAAUAUGUAAUAUGAAAAUUUGAAUUUCAUAAAUAACAUAAGUGAAUAAUGUAUGGUAUAAUUUUCAACAAGCAAAAACAGCAUUUCUAAAUAUAAAUUUGUAGAAUCGUUUUUUUCUUUUUUUAAAAUUAUGUUAAAAAAGAUGUUUAUGCUGAUGGUAUGUCAGAAUAAACUAAUGGGCUUGGUCAAUCGUUCCCGACAGAUAUUAAUCAACAUUUUAUAAGAUCACAAAAUUAUGGUAUAACUACAAAAUUUGAAAUUGAUAUUAAUAUAUCAUAUGAUAAACGUAAAGUAACACUUCGGGAUAUUAUUAUAAAUAACUAAAUUAUUUUCAAGUCAAAUUGGAAUAUGAUUUUCAAAUUUAAACAUUGAAUUUUAUAUUGAGGGAAUAAUUUCAAUUGAUAUAACUAUUCAUCAAGGAUUAAUUGAAACAAAUAAUUUAUAAUUAAUCAACCGCAUUAUUUUUAUCAGUUUCACAUACUGUUUGACACAUGCUCAAUUUUUAUUAUUUUAUUUUAUUUUAUUUCAAUUUCAAUAGGCCCAUAGCAAAUGUUUAUUAUGUUACAACACAACCAUCAUCAUAUCAUACACCAGUUAAUAUAUAUGGUUUUAUAUAAAUAUCAUUAAGUUUAAAUUGAUGGUGAAUUUGUCCAAGUACCGAAAAAAUUUCAGGUCUUUAGUUAAAAAGGGUCCAGGAAAAAGGUAGAGCUUUCCGUCAGCUGUUCUACACAUGAAUCAAGUGUAUAAACUUGAUUGAUUAUUUACAUGACCGAUGUGUUUUUUUUAAUGAGUAAAAGUAGAUAAUCUCUAACUAACAGUGAUGAUUAUUUAAAAUUAAAAAUUUUGUUUCUAUGUUGUUUAUUUCAAAAUAAUUUUUGGCACGAUAAUUGAUUUUUAAUUAUGUACAUAUAAUUCUAGUAAGAAUAAAUAUUGUAUCACACCACGUAUCCAAAUAUACCACGAUAAUUUCACAAGGGUUGUAAGGCCUUAUGUUUGAUACAGGGCUAUCAAAGGAUGUGGAGGAUAGGUUGUAACUUGAAAUAAUAGGAAUAACACUUUAAAUAAAUCCAAACACUGUGGCUUAAAUUCUAUUAAUAUAUUCACUUUAUUAUUUCACUAAAAUUAUAAUUAAUUGUAUUGUAUAUUGUGUAUUGAGUUGACUCUAACAAGUGUUGUCAUGGACAGACACUACUAUUUUAUAUUGUAAGUAUAAAGAAAUCCCGUUGUACGCGAAUCAAUAUUAAUUAGAGAUGUUACGUAAACGAGUGUUGAAGAGCAACUGAUUUCUCAGUUUGUUGAAAAUUGUUAAGUCCAAAAAAUGGGUGUAUACUUAGUUAAAAAAUUAGUUUUAAUUGGUCAAAAAUUAGUUCAAGAGAGGGUAAAAAACUAGGUGUAGGUGGUGGGAUUUUUAGACAUAAAAUUGGGCCUUGUGUGGUCCAAAGGGUGACAUAAAAAAUACCAUGUGUAAACAAAAAAUAUAGAUUUUACGACCGGAAAGUCCAAGACGUUUUCAUGAAUUUAGUUUAUUUUAAAAAGUUAUAAAUUUACUUUUUUAUUGUCGAUUUUACGACACUGUGUAUCGAAAAUACGUUAGUGCAGUUGUUUGACAGAUGUGAGAUUUUCUCUAAUUCUUGACAAAUAAUGUUUUAAAAAAUAUGUUAUAAUAGUACCAAAGAGAAACUUGAGUUCAUGGUUUUAUUUGUUACGUGAUUUUUACUCAAAAAUCUAUGCAUGAGUUGACCAUGUGUGGGAAUAUUCGAGUUUGUAAAAGGCUAUUAAAAAGUACAUAAAUUAAAUCGUUGUUUAAAAUAUUUUAGAAAAAAUAUAAACCAAAAUUGUUAGUCAUAUGUUAUUUGAAAUUGUAUGAUCUCGUGAUCUAGCCAUAAAAAACAGAGUAAUGUUUAAAACUUAUCAACUUAUUGUAUUUUGUUUAAAAAAUAAAAAGAAUAAAAAUCUGGUCAGUCUGGGACCGACAGACAUGUGGUUCGACCCGGAACAUUCUCCCCCCGUUGAGAGGUCGGCCGAUCAACUUAAUAUCUAGAACAGAAUAAAAGUGUUAGUAAAUGUAAAAUUAAUUUAUUCUAAUGUUGUCAUUCUGGGUCACAAGGAACCAGGGGUGCUAUUUUCUUGACGUUGCGUUUGUAGGUAGACUUUGCUGUUUUGAUGGUGACCGUACGGACAAUACCAUCCGUCCCAGGAUGCGUCUCGAUGAUUCGACCCAAUGCCCAAUGCAUAGGUGGAAUGUUGUCUUCCUUCAAUAAGACCACAUCGCCUAUUUCUAUGUUGUUGUUGUCUUUGUUCCACUUACUACGGUUGAUCAUCUCGUUGAGAUAUUCAUUGUGCCAACGUUGCCAAAAUUCUUGUUUUAGUUGUUCAAUCAGUUGCCAUCUAGACAACCUGUUCAUGGGUAUGUUGUUGUAGUCAUGAUCUCUUAUAGUUGUGAGAGCAUGUCCAAUUAAAAAAUGUCCAGGUGAGAGCACCAUAAAAUCAUUUGGAUCAGUUGAAAUAGGUGUCAGUGGACGUGAAUUGAGUAUUGCCUCGAUCUCAAUAAUCAAGGUGUUG